AUAUAUAUAUGUGACUGGAUGCGACAAGAUUGUCGAUGCCAUGGAUACCAGUGAACCCAGCUGAUUGCUGGCUCUGAUCACUUUCAAUGGUUGAUAUUUUUUUUUAGACAAGCACUAUAUUAAGAUAUGGGGGUUUCCAUAAGGGGAUCUCCAAUAGCUAGAUGGUUAAUGGAAAAUCCGAUUGAAAAGGGGGGUGAAGUUUCCCGUGGGAGCUCGGCCGGUUUCCGGACACCCCAUCCCGCGCACGGCGCGAAAAAAAACAUCCGCCUCGUUGUCGCCGGCAACGAUGAGCCCGAGACGCCCUUGGAAGAGCUGACCGAGGUGCUGGAGGAGAAAAAGCCUUGGUGCGUCCAAGCGGGAGCAAAGCGGGCCAUCAUUUGCGGCGGUGGAUUAUUUAACGGCGUUCGGAACCAAUUUCUGGCCGACCUGCAUAUGCCGCUGCCGGGAGGCGGGGGGACUUUGUUCGCCCUUCCAGACAUCUGGGGCAACUUGAAGGAGACGGAAUGUUAUGUCAUCUUGAACGGCGAGUACAUUACGGGUGAGCUCGCAGCCUGGAGGCCCGGGCGCGUCUUCGAAUGGUCUGGCUCAUGUAGGCAUUCCCCUAGCCUAUUUUUUUUUUAUUCUUUAAGUAAAUAA